AUCCCUCCCAGAACAACUAUUAGCACUAGAAUUAUACUACUACUACUACUACUGUCGCCAUUAAAUUCCGUCAAAAAACCUUGGAUCAAGCUUUCAUUGUUUGGCUGGGUUACCUUCGUAUUUUGACUGUAUUACAAUCUAAAGGGAGUACUGCACAAGAACCAGUGAAGAAAAUUUGUGCUAAGAAGAAGAAGCUCUUGUUCGCAGCAUGAUUAACACAGUAUACAGUAAUACAUCAUUGAGUUCUGUCUUUUAAUAAGAUAAACCAUUUGCAGUAUCUGUUACUUGUGCAGUUAACAAGGGCAUUACAUACAGUUAUAUGGAAAGUUCUGAAAGCCCAAUUGAGGUAAUUUUAUGGUUUCAAACUAGCACAUCACACAUCAACACAUCUAUGCGGUGGAAACAGUGUAAAAAAUACCAGAGACAAAAACUUUCUAUGACUGUGAGACCUCUUUUCUAAAGAAGACUUAAUCAAGUGAAUUCUUGUGUAAAAUGUACAGUAUUGUAGUCCGAAGAGAGCACCGCACAAGACCCAGUCACUGAUAUGAAGAAAAGCUUUAUGUUCUCAGCAUGACUGCUAACCUCUAAACAUUGACUGAGCUUUGCCUUUUCAUACGAUAAACUAUUUGCAAUAUCUGUCCAACUUCUGAAGUCGCGAGCGAGAAAAGGACAUUACUGUACGUAUAUGCAAACAAAGUAUAUUUAGAAAUUCCCAGACUAAAGUAAUUUUAUGGUUUCCAAGUUCAUCUUGUAACAGAACAUUUUUUGCAUCAAAGACAAUGCAAAAAAAAAAUAAAGACAAACUCUCUUUGGUUAUAAAACCUAUUCUCAAAUGACAGUUCAUGUUAGCAGUAUUAGUAUGUGCCUUUUUGAUCAAAGGAAUACUUUCAUAAAAUAUUUAGGAAAAUUGUCUUCAAGAUUCAAGUAAAAGAAGCAAAAUGCAAAUUAUAAUAAGAUCAAAGUGAUAUUGAUUUUGCCAAUCUAUGGCUUAUUUAUGUAAUGCCCACAUUUUUGUUUAAAUGUUUUCCCGGACUUUACUCUGACUUUUAUCAAAAGCCAAGCUAAAUCCUAGAUUUGUUGAGCUAUUGCUUUGUGAUGAGUAAUUCUGCAUCUGUUGUAAUUAAUUACACAGGGAUACAUUCACAGGAAAAUAUAAUCUUUCAGAUUAAUUCUUCCUUGAUAACAGAGAGCAAGGCAGUUUUAACAAAACUAUCUAAUUUCUUUUCCUGAUUUUAUCAUAUACCAGUUGUCCACAUUUAUUUUAUACAUCUGUAACAAUUGAAUGAUUAGAUGUAAGGACAAAGAUACAACCUGUGAAAUGAAUUAUAAACGUUUGGUUGUGCUAUAUACUAUUGUCAGGAUAUAAAGAUUACUACAGCGAGGACUUGCAUCAAAGAAAUAACUUUUUCCCUCUUAUAGAAUGGAAGCUAACAUUGAAAAUCCACAGAGAAUUGUAGAGAUGGAAGAGGAAGGUACACAGGGGUUAGAACACCUGAGUUUCCCAAUAAAUUCUCCCAGUGAAGAAAAUAUAUCAGAAAGGCAUUUGGUUGAGAAAACUCUCAGUGGGGAAAAUCAAUGUCCACCUUAUAAGAUGGAAAUCAAAGCUGAAAAUAUACAAGAGGAUGAAGAAAAUUGGGGGGAACGUAUUCAAGAAAAUAAUAGUGCCCGGACAAACUCUUCUCCAGAGGGAACUCAUAACUGUGAAAUGGAUGAAACAUUUGAUGAAAGUAAACCAGAGAUGCCUUUGCUUGUAGUAAAUACUCUGGAUGAGGAAGAACCAUGGUUAGAAUCGGACAAAGUAUCCACUCCUGAUCUGCCUUCUGCUGACAAGGCUAAACAAAAUGAAAACCUAUUUGUUUGUGAUUUGUGUGGAAGACAGUGUGGGCACAGAGGUAUUCUUAACUACCAUUUAAUGACACACACAGGAGAGAAACCGUUUAUUUGUCAGGAAUGCGGGAAGAGCUUUAGGCAGAAACAGCACCUCAUUGCUCACGAAAGAAGAGCCCAUACUGGAGAGAAACCAUUUCCUUGUACAGAGUGCGAUAAAAGAUUUUAUCUGAAAGCUGAACUGAAAAGACACACGGUCACACAUAUGGAGGUGACACCAUUCCACUGUCUUGUAUGUGGGAAGUCAUUUAAAGCAAAAUACAACCUUGAAGUACACUCAAAAAUCCAUAAAAGGAUCAAACGAUUACAGUGCAGUGAGUGUGACAAAAGCUUCGUAAGGAAACACGAAUAUAUUGCACACAUGAGGAUCCAUUCAAAUGAGAAGCCAUUUGCUGGCACUGAAUGUGGGGAACUCUCUGAUGGGGAGCCGUGUUCAGAAUCUGAAAAGACGUUCAUUUCUGGAGACGUUAUACUUCCCACUGAGGGAGAUAAUGACAGCGAAAGCCAGUUUGCAUGUGAUGUGUGCGGCCAACUGUUUAAUAGCAAAGGUAACCUGAAGGUCCAUUUAUUUAUACAUACAGGGGACAAGCCAUUUGUUUGCAAGGAAUGUGGGAACAGAUUUAGGCGGAAAUGUCACCUCAUCAUGCAUGAAAAGAGAAUCCAUACCAAAGAGAGACCAUUUCCCUGUACACAAUGUGGCAAAAGAUUUAUCAUUAAGACUUUAUUGAAAAAACAUAUGUUAGCUCAUGCAAAUGUACAAAAGGUGCAACAGGUACAAGAGGAGGCAAGGCACUUUGAUUGCCAUGUGUGCGGAAAAUCAUUUUGUUUGAAAAUACACCUGGAACAACAUCUGACUACCCACAAUAUUGUCAAGCCUUUCCAGUGCAGUGAAUGUGGUAAAAGGUUUACUAAUAAACAUAACUUACUUGCACACGUGAGGAUCCAUGCAACCGAGAAGCCAGUUGUUUGCAGUGAAUGUGGGAAACAUUUUGUUGGGGAACCAGAACUAAAGAAACACAUGAAGACUCAUGAGGAAAAGUUGUUUAUCUGUGAUAUAUGUGGCAAAAGGUUUCGAUUGGAAUCUGUUCUCACUAAACACAGGAGAAUUCAUACGGGUGAGAAGCCGUUCACCUGCAAUGAAUGUGGAAAGACAUUUCGAUUUCAUGGGGGCCUUUACCUGCACAUGCAAAUCCACAGUGGAGAGAAGCCAUUUGUUUGCAGUGAAUGUGGGAAAAGCUUUACUACCAAAAAAUGUCUGUCCAAACAUACAAAAAUUCAUACAGGAGACAGACCGUACGUUUGUGCAAUCUGUGGGAAAGGAUAUAUUCAGAAGGUCAACCUUAGACAUCAUAUCAGUACACAUACAGGAGAGAAGCCCUUUGCUUGUAGCAUUUGUGGGAAGGGAUUUAACAUUAAAUCUGAAGUGACAAGACAUGAGAAAACACAUUCAACGAAGCCACAUGUUUGUCCAGAAUGUGGGAAAGGUUUUCAGAAGAGUGUUGCCCUCGAAAAACACUUGAGAAGCCACACAGGAGUAAAUUCGUGUGUUUAUAAUAUGGAGAAUGUUGGAAAAGAUGUUGCAUGAAUGGUGGCCUUUACUGGAGGAAAUCUGUUUAUUUGUUAGGAAUCUUUGGAAAGUUAUGUUGAGAAGAGUACUCGUUAUAUGGAGAGAAAUCAUGCCUUUUAAGUACAUACAUACUGUGUUUGCCAAAAAGGUGGGAUUUGCUAAAGUAGGGAAUAGGAUUUUUCCAUCAACAUGCUCAUCUGCAGGAGAUAAAAGCUU